CGUGCGUGCAGGCAGGCGCGGGGUGUGACCGAGCUGGUGAGCGGCGUCACGCGCUGGCGCCGCCGCCUUGACUUCUCCCUCACCCAGCUGCUGCGGGGCAGGGAUGUGGCGCAGCUGGAUGCCCCCGUGCGCAACGCCCUGCGCCUGGGCCUGUACGAACUGGCGGAGCUGAAGAACGCCACCCACGGCGUGAUCAACAGCUACGUGGACCUGGUGAAGUCUGUGCAGCACCAGGGGGCCGCCAACGCCACCAACGGCGUCCUGAGGAACGUGGCCCGCGGCCUGGAGGCAGGCACGCUGCCCCAGCCGCCGCGGCCAGCCCAGGGCAUGCCGCCGCAGCAGGCGGCCGAGGUGCUGGCGGUAGGGGCCUCGCACCCCACCUGGCUGGUGCAGCGCUGGCUGGCGCAGUACGGUCCCGCCGCUACGCUGGCGCUGCUCAAGCACAACAACAUGCGCCCGCGGUAUGCCCUGCGCCUGGCUCCCGGCGUGGAUGCCGAGGCAUUCUGCCGCCAGCUGGCGAGGAGCGGGGUACAGGCAGCCCCCUCCCGCUAUCUGCCUCGCGAGUUUGUAACGGUGGACCGAGGCCUGCAGGCGUUGCUGGUGGAGGGGCUGGUGCAGCGGGGCGAGGCGCAAGACGAGGCGGCCGGCCUGGUGGUGGCGGCGCUGGACCCUCAGCCCGGGGAGACCUUGCUGGAUGCCUGUGCCGCUCCCGGUGGCAAGGCGCUGGGCGCUGCGUCGCGCAUGCGCGGGCGGGGCCUCAUCACCGCGCUCGACCUCAGCCGCAGCCGGCUGGCCGCGCUGCGGCACGCGGCGCUGCGCCAGCCGCACGGCGACAUGGUGCGCACGUUUGCGGCGGACCUGCGCCGCUUCGCCACGCUGCGGUACCGCCCCGAGGGGCCACCCUGGCAGUACGACCGCGUCCUGCUGGACGCCCCGUGCUCCGGCACCGGCGUGCUGGCCAAGCGCGCGGACCUGCGCUGGCGGCGCACGCCGGAAGAGCUGCGCCAGCUGGCGGCGCUGCAGGGCGAGCUGCUGGACGCUGCUGCGGGGCUGGUGGCGCCCGGGGGGCUGCUCGUCUACUCCACCUGCUCCAUAGAGCAGGAGGAGAAUGAGCAGCAGGUGGCGGCCUUCCUGGCGCGCCAGCCGGGGUACGAGCUGGAGGCUGUGCCCGCCGGUACCGGCGUCCCGCCGCAGUGCCUCGCGCCCGACGGCUGCCUGCGCAUGCUGCCGCACGUGCACGGAACCGACGGCGCGUUUGCGGCGCGGCUGCGGCGG